GCGGCCGCUGUGACGCAAGAAGGCGCGCCGAGCUGAAGUUUGCGCGGCUUCUAUGGGGAGGAGUAGUGACCUGUCGCAGUCAUGGUGCAUUGCGGUUGCGCGUUGUUCAGAAAGUAUGGAAAUUUCAUCGAUAACCUAAGGCUCUUCACCAAGGGAGGAAGUGGUGGAAUGGGUUAUCCUCGCUUAGGUGGAGAAGGCGGAAAAGGCGGUGAUGUCUGGGUUGUAGCCCAUAAAACAAUGACUUUAAAACAACUUAAAAACAAGUAUCCUCAGAAACGGUUUGUGGCUGGAGGAGGAACAAACAGUCGGAUUAAUGCAUUGAAAGGUUCCAAAGGAAAAGACUGUGAAAUCCCUGUACCUGUUGGUAUUUCAGUAACUGACGAAAAUGGUAAAAUUAUAGGAGAGCUCAAUAAGGAGGAAGACAGGCUGAAGGUAGCUGAAGGUGGCCUUGGUGGUAAACUACUUACAAAUUUCUUACCACUGAAAGGCCAGAAACGAGUGAUCCACCUUGACCUGAAACUUAUAGCUGAUGUAGCCCUAGUAGGAUUCCCAAAUGCUGGAAAAUCCUCCUUGCUAAGUCAGAUUUCCCAUGCAAAGCCAGAAAUUGCAAGUUAUGCAUUUACAACGUUAAAGCCUGAACUUGGAAAGGUUAUGUAUGAUGAUUUCAAACAGAUAUCAGUAGCUGAUCUCCCAGGUUUGAUAGAAGGAGCACAUAUGAACAAAGGAAUGGGCCAUAAAUUUCUGAAGCACAUAGAAAGAACUAACCAACUACUUUUUGUUGUUGAUAUUUCUGGAUUUCAGCUUUCUUCCCGAACUAAGUAUAGAAGUGCUUUUGAAACCAUAAUACUGCUUACAAAAGAGUUGGAGUUGUACAAAGAGGAACUUCAAAUGAAACCUGCACUCCUGGCAGUUAAUAAAAUGGACUUGCCAAAUGCCCCAGAGAAAUUCCAUGAGCUAAUGAGCCAACUCCAGAAUCCUAAAGCUUUUCUGCAUUUAUUCGAAAAAAACAUGAUUCCAGACAGGACUAUGGAGUUCCAGCAUAUCAUCCCCAUCUCUGCUAUUACUGGAGAAGGAAUAGAAAAAUUAAAGAACUGUAUAAGGAAAUCACUGGAUGAACAUGCCAGCCAGGAAAAUGAAGCAUAUCAUAAGAAGCAGUUGCUUAAUUUGCGGAUUUCUGAUACAGUAUCUUACAGUGAGCCUCUAAUUCCAGAAAGGAUGUAAUGGAACUCUGGUAAAAACAGUAUUAGUGAAUUAGUAUGUGGUCCAAAGAGAAGAAAAUCAUGUCAUUUAUGACAGCAUGGAUAAACGUAGCAAACAUUGUUAAGAGAAAUAAGCCAGUCACAGACAAAUGCCACGUGGUCUCACUUCCAUGUAAUCUGAAAUAUUUGUUCAUAGAUGCAGAAAGAGGGGCUGAAGAGAUGGCGAAGAGGGAGAUGUUAGUGAAAACAUAGAAAGUUUCAGUCAGUAUAAAUUUUGGAGAUCUAGCACACUGCUUAGUGUCUAUAGUUGUAACUAUUAUAUUUUGAAAGUUGUUAGAAAUGUAGGUUGUAAGUAUUCACACCACAAAAAAAAAUGAGGAAAUGCAUAUGUUAAUUAUCUUGACUGAGCCAUUGAACACUUUAUAUAUUUCAGAACACCAUAUUAUACAUACAGAUAUAAAAUUUUUUAUCUGUCAACUUAAAAAAGGAUAUUGAAACUGUAUUAAGUUGCAAGCUUUUUCACACUUUUUUAGUAUUAUUACUGAUGUUAUAUGUGCCAUCAUUCAAGGUCUAUACCUUUUAAGUUAUUCUUUUGUAGUUAAGUGUAUCAAUAAUAAAAUGAGAACUAAAACAUUAUAUUUUACAAGUUUAGGGCUAAUCUACCUAUGGUAGCAUUCUCUGAUAUUCCUUUAUUGUGUACCUACUGAGAACACUUUGUUCUAAUUACACAGGAUGGUUCCUUAGAUGGAUUAGUAGAAUGAGCAGCCGGGUUUUUAUUUGGGGGGCGGGCUCUGUCAUGUACCUGGUUGCACUUAAUAUAUAGUAGUUCUCUUUGUGGAAAACCUCAAAACCCUAGAUUGAACAUAUAUCGUCAAUGAUAAUAAAGGUCACAGGUAGUAUCCAACAGAAACCAGCAGAUCAAUGUUAGUUGAGUUGUUUUUGGAAAAUUUUUCUUUCCUAAGUACACAUAUUUUUUCAUGCUUUGGAGGAGACUGAUCCAUGUUUCAUUUUCUUAAGUCUGUUUCAUUGUUCACUUCGUAUUUUAGUAAAGAGAGAAUAAGUAGUAAAACUUUGAAAUAUAUUGAUCACAUAUUAUAUAGAUGAUUACAAAUUCUAAAUUUCUGCCUGGGUGCUUAAAAAGUACUGACGAAUAGAAAUUUCCCAUUAAAUGACUUUUAUAUCAAAACAUAUUAUAAAAAAUUCAAGUAAUGCAAAAACAUUUAAGCAAAAAAUACUUCCUUUUUGCAUGGGACCCCUUAAUCCUUUCAGAAAAAGCCACUGUUAAUAUUUUAUGUUCUUGAAAAAGGUUUUAUUCAUAUCCUUACCCAAGUUAUUUCUUUAUAUAAAUUUUUCCAACUUUUUUUGUGCAAAAUAACAAGGUAAUGUGCUUUAAAAAAGUCUUAAAUGCUACUUCCUAAUUAUUAGAAAUUAUUUUGGAAUUUAAUACUUAGUAAAGUCUGUCAGGUGUGGUGGCGCAUGCCUGUAAUCCCAGCA